AUGGCUGAUGAAGUACAAGAAGGUCUCUGUAUUAAUUGCUCGAAAGAAGACAUUAAUCUAAUCAGAGUUGAAUGUGGACAUAAUAUCUGUAUGUCUUGCUUCAGGAACAAAACCUCUCCACCUUUAUGUUGUACUAUAUGCUGGGAAUUCUCUCAGCUAAGAACUCUAAUUGAUAUGGCCAUGUACCCUGAAGGAGAAGGCAUGUGUGAGAUACACAGGGAAGACCUCAAGUUAUUCUGUGAAAGGAAGAAGACCCUACUCUGUGUGACCUGUUCUAAGUCAGGAAGUCAUGAGAACCACAUACACUGGUCCAUUCCAGUGGCUGCUCUGUGCUACAGGGACUUUACAAACAGAGGAGAAAUAAUUCAGAAGGUACUCAAGCAAGUAUGGGAAUAUCUGCCGUGGAAAAAAGCAAAUGAGGAAAACUUCAUUGUGGGGAAGGAGAACAAAAAGUUCAAUGAGCUCAAUCAAAGGCUGAAGGAAAUGGAGACUAUCCAGGAACAUCAAAUCAUGCAGAAAAAGAAGGAAUGGGAGACCAUGAUGUCCAACCAAAAUAGAUGUCUAACAUCUGUGAUUACUGAACUGGAGGAAAAGUUGCACAAGCCAGAUAUAGCAGUGCUACAGGAUAUUGCAGAAACACUGGAAAGGAAAUCAUCAACCUCAGCUUGCAAUCACUUAGACUUGGGUGAUAAGAAGGGAAUGUGGGGUGAAGAUGAGCAUGUGAGCUGGCCACAGAUCAACUUGGCUUGCUCCCCGGAAGGGGAAAAACCUAAUAAAGAGUGUCCAAGGCCGCGUCACCAAGUCCUUGGGGCCUCUGAUCCUAAGGAUGGGGACUGGGUUGGGAUAUCUGUGGACCUGCGGUCCCGAAAGCGCCUCAGCCUCUGGGGUUCAUGA